CCACCAUUCGGCUGAGUCGAAUUCCUCUCACCUCGCAACGCUCCACCACCACCACCAUCGCCACGUGGAGUGAGGCAGUGGACGAGGAGGCAGUGAAGGAUGAGAAAGGAGUGAAGGAAGGAGUGAAGGAAGGAAGGACAAGAAGAAGCAGAUCUACAGAGAAGAAGGAGGCGGAGGAGAGUUGCCCAUCGACCACCCACUCGCGUGUCGCAGGAAGCGUCUUGGCCGCGUCUCUCUCCCCUCCCGUCGGCGUCCCUCGGCUCGGACUGCUCCUCGUGCCUCUGCGCUCGCCCGCAGCUCACUCGGCGUGAGAUGCUGAACGACCACCACGGAACGAGGCCCUGACAGUCGCGCCACGUGUGAUUGCUGAAUUACUUUGAACGUAAUCGUGGGGAGUGAUUCUUCCAUUGCACGGCGUGCACACGCGGACAGACCCCGCGUUGCCGUCACAGGCAACCGCGUUGACCCGAGGAAUUUGCACCGGCGACAAAAGUUGCCAGCAACAAAAAGAAGAAACAUUUCGUCUUAUGAGCACCUGGCACUCGACCGCCGCUGUUUAUGGAGAUGACUACAGAACAACAACAUCAGCAGCAGCAUCACCUCCAUCAUCACCACCACCAGCAGCAUCAGCAACAUCAUCAUCAUCAGCAGCAGCAGCAGCAGCACUCAUCAAUGCACAUACCUCCGGGGACACUAAAGCCGACGGGACUUGAUGUGACCCCGUGUGGCAGCAUCAUCAGCAGCAUCAUCAGCAGCAGCAGUAGCAUCAUCAGCAGCGCUAGCGGCAACAUCAACAGCGGCAGCAGCAACAACGCCGCAACAGCCAGCACCACCACAACGUCCAGCAGUAGCAGCAGCAGCAUCACGAAUAGCACCACAAACAGCAGCAACAGCACCACCAUCACCACCACCACGAGCAACAGCAGCAGCAACAACGCAGCAGCAGCAGCAGCAACAACAACAACAAACAGCGGCAGCGGCAAAGCGAAGAAGUCAUCUGCGGGCUUGCGGAGACCGGAGAAGCCUCCCUACUCCUACAUUGCGCUGAUCGUCAUGGCCAUCCAGAGCUCGCCCGGCAAGCGUCUCACCCUCAGCGAGAUCUACCAGUUCCUCCAGAACCGAUUCCCAUUCUUCCGCGGCGCCUACCAGGGCUGGAAGAACUCGGUGCGCCACAACUUGUCGCUCAACGAGUGCUUUAUCAAGCUGCCCAAGGGGCUCGGACGGCCGGGCAAGGGUCACUACUGGACCAUCGACCCGGCGAGCGAGUUCAUGUUCGAGGAGGGGUCGUUCCGCCGGAGGCCACGUGGAUUCCGUCGUAAGUGCCAGGCGCUGAAGCCGGUGUACGGCCUCAUCAAUGGAUUCGGCUUCAACCACCACCACCACCACAACCACGCCGUGCUGUCACCGGGAUUUGACUAUCACCACCACCACCACCACCAACAGCAACAACAACAGCAACAGCAGCAGCAUCAGCAUCAUAACCACAGCAGCAGCAACCCUCACCCGGCCCACCACCACCACCAUCAUCACCACGGUGGUGGUGGUGGUGGUGGCGGUGUCAUGCAAGGCUGUUCGCCCGUCGGCCAAGCAGGAAUGACGGUGGCCUCGCUCGGUUUGGUCGACCUCGGUGGAGGUGGUGGAGUUGGUGGUGGAGGUGUUGGUGGUGCAUCGAUGAACGGGCUGACUGCACGUGCCUCGCCCGUGUCCGCUGCGGCGUACGACGUGGGCUGCGCUGGCGUGACGGCACUCGACUUCCUGCACCAGCACAGCAACGUCGGGUCGCCCGGAGGCAUCGACCACGCGUCGGUCUACGCGUCCAGUAGCGCACUCCAUCAUCAUCAUCAGCAGCAACAGCAGCAGCAGCAACAGCAGCAUCAUCAGCAGCAGCAUCAUCAGCAGCAGGAUCACGACGGCGGACAGACCUCGCCGCUGGGACAGGUGUGGAUGCAAGCAGGCGGCUCUGUGUUGAUGUACGGCAAGGCGGCGAUGCAGAUGUCUCCGUGCGACAGCGCGCAGCAGCAGCAGCAACAGCAACAACAGCAACAGCAGCAGCAGCCGUUUGGAGGCCACAUGGAGCAGAUGUAUGGAGGACACGAGACGUUGGAUAUUCCAGAGCGGUGUUCUUCCGGAACGCAGCAACAACAACAACCACCGCAACUACCACAACUACCGCCGCCGCCACCGCCGCCGCUGUCGUUACAGGAGAACAGACUGCACGCGCGUCCUAGACACUGCUACGGAUUCGUUUAAUCCGGAAGAUCGUCCCUGGAGUACAUUUCGCACAUUUCUGUUUGAGCCUCGGACCUGUUCGCGAGAUCGUAAGGACACCACGGCGCGCGUGCCUCCUGUAAUGUCGGAUUAUAUACCGUGGGUUUUUGCGCGGUAGUGGUAGUGCCUUACGCCGAGAAAUUCAGACCGCUCCAAGACACAGGAUAUGUACAGCGGCAAGCACCAGCGCCGAAGGGGUGAGAAACAGAUCCGGCCCCUCGAUCCACUGCUGGAUGAGAGGCCGCCGAUGGGGAGGUAUCUGACCAAACUUCGCGAGCGGUUGUGCACACAGGAGAUGAUUAAAGACACCCCGACGCCACGUGUCGCCUGAACAAGACUGCCCGGGGCAAGUGCUGUUAGUAGCGAGUAGCAGCACCGACGGAGGCCGGGCGCUGUGUGGCACACGAGGGAGAUGGGUGGUCGGAACCACGCCCGGCCGCCUUUGUCUCCCCGGUGGCGAUGUUUACACAUCGCACAAGGUUACUCGUUUGAGGCUGAGUCGACCUAGGGGAGGCCCACGGCCGAUUCAGAGAUAAUCGGUGUUGGUGUUCGACCGUGAGCAGCAAUCGAACUCGGGUCGCCGGGUUCGUAACACAGCGGUGCACAUAGGAGUACAGUACAACACAGCCUUGGAUUUGCUGUUGUAGCAGACAGCAUGGUCCAGCGCUGUCCCAACAGCGCCUAGGAGAUGUUGACGACCUCGCCUGGUACGCAGGAGGUCGUGGGUUCGACCCCGACCCUGACGAUGCCUGCUGCUGCUGCUGUAUAUUUGGAGUCUGCGUGUCUCUCCCUCCUCCGUUGGUCGCGUAGAUUUCUCGCCGGUGUCGUCCGAUUUUUUCCGUCCCUCCACAUUUUAGAAUCGACGAUCACCACGCGUUUAGGGAGUUUUCGGCCACUGCUAUGAACUUCCACGCGGCGAUGUCGGUGGUCCACUUCAUUGAGCUGUCACGUGUGAUUGCCAGUUCGCUUCUGAAUAAGAGCUGCAGAGCAGCUGAGUGGGGACUUACCUGGUCAUGCUGCCCAUGGUUUUGCCGUGGUGGUUUGGCAAGCCGAUGAGACCCACAGAGGUCGAAACCGACCCAAUUUUUUUUCGUCUUCUUUUAAGGAAGAAAAUCCUGCUGGGAAUCAUUGGGCAGUGAGGCAUUUCGAUAGGCUGACUGGGCCGUAUGCACUACUCUCUAUAACUGUAUGUGAUGUAUUUACUUAUAUCGCUAUAUGUGUAUAGAGCGCUGGCAACCCGAGGUUAAUUAACGAUCAUCACGGCCACCAUCACCAGUGACGAUUCAUUAUCUGAACCGGUCCCGGGCCCUCCCCUAGUAAGUGCUACUCGCGACGAACAGCACUUGCCCCAACAGUCUGUUAAGGCUGUACGGGGGAUCUUUGUAUUUGUAUGUACUGUAAAUAAUAGGGAGCGGUGGUGCAUCGGUUAGUGCGCUGCGCUACAAAUCCAGCGACCCAAUUUCCAUUCCCGCGCACGCAAUCCGGGCCUCCUCUAGGUCGACUCAGCCUCAAAUUAGUACCUGGUAGCGUUGUGUAAACAUGACCACUGAGGGGGGGGGGAGACAAAGGCGGUCGGGCGGGCGUGGUGCCCGUAGCUUUCGUAGGCGCUGCUGCUACUCGCUGCUAACAGCACUUGCCCCAACAGUCUGUUGCAGGCUACACGGGGGAUCUUUGUAUUUUUUCAUGUUAAAAAACAAAACGUGUUAACGUUUACUUAAUAAGCCAGGCCUUAUCUAUACACAUAUAUCGGACAAUCUAUUGAUGUACUUGUUGUUGUAUGUGUUCCUCGUUAAAGUGUGAGAGAUUAACGCGUUAGAUUGUACGCGAUUAACGGAUAUGCCGAGCGGUCCAUUUGCAGAUACCCCACCGCGUGUCUCAUGCCAAUCUCAAUAACGCAGCGCGUCACUGCUGGGGGUUAAAUAAAGGAUGUCAAUCUCUGGACGUAACGAACCCAACAGGGUUAAAUAAAGGAUGUCAAUCUCUGGACGUAACGAACCCAACAGGGUUAAAUAAAGGAUGUCAAUCUCUGGUCGUAACGAACCCAACAGGGUUAAAUAAAGGAUGUCAAUCUCUGGACUUAACGAACCCAACAGGGUUAAAUAAAGGAUGUCAAUCUCUGGACGUAACGAACCCAACAGGGUUAAAUAAAGGGUUGCCGAUUACGUGAGACAAGGCAUCUGUCCGGCUAAUCGCGUGGCGAAAUAAAGGACCCCGAUCGCAAGAGACAAUGGAUCUUAUUGACCCCUCUCACUCGUGGUUAAAUAAAGGACGCCGAUGGGAGUUCUCGUGAGCGAAGUUCUCAGCAGGUUAAAUUAAAGGGUCGUGGUUACAAGCCAGGACGCCCGUGGCAGGCAACUGGGGUAUCUGCAAAUGGAUCGCAACGAUGGCAGGAACGCGUCCUGCCAUGGGGGCUCUUGCCCCCACGGGCUGCCCAAGGCUACACGGGGCGCUUUUGCCUUUAUAGUUGUCGGAGCGUGUCCCGGACAUUAUCGGGGGGCCAGACAAACAUUGCUCGCGGGCUGUGCCGGGUGGUGGCGGCGGCUUUUACGACACAUUUGUAUAUUUACGCGAUCUAACCCCCCCACCCCCCCCCAAAAAAAACACUUACGGAUGAUAUUGGUCGCGAAAGCCUCACGUGUUAGGCAAGUUAAUUAGGGAUUAGUUUUGCACGCUGUCAUCAUCAUCAUCAUUAUUAUUGUUGUUAUCCUAAUAAAAUUAAUUUAUAAUCGUAAAUA